AUGAAGACGAUCCUCCUCGCUUCAGCACUUUUUGGUGUUUUCUUAGCGUUCCCAUUUGGUAACAACAACUACCCGAACCAAGGAACUGGACCAAACGGCGUCUCUGGGCAAAGCAGCGUUCAAAUUGGAGCACAAGGUGGACCAGGCGGCUUCGGUGGACCCAAUGGAUCAAACGGACAGAACGUGCCAAAUGGUCCAAAUGGCCAAAACGGACAAAAUGGACAGACUGGACCAAAUGGUGGACAAGGAGGACAAAACGGACAGACUGGACCAAAUGGACAAAACGGAGGCCAAGGUGGGCCAGGCGGUUUCGGUGGGCAAAACGGGCCAAAUGGACAGAAUGGACCAAAUGGAGGACAAGGAGUAUCCGGUGGACCAAACGGACAGAACCAACCACAGCCCAAUGGAAACGGACAAAAUGGAGGAUUCCAAGGAGGAUUCGGUGGACCAAACGGCCAGAACCAACCUCAACCAAAUGGAAACGGACAAAAUGGAGGAUUCCAAGGAGGAUUCCAAGGUGGUCGAGGCGGUUUCGGUGGGCAAAAUGGUGGACAAAAUGGAGGAUUUCAAGGAGGUAUGAAUGGCCAGGGACAAGGUGGCUUCGGCGGACCAAACGGACAGGGACAAAUGGGCGGACAAGGUGGAUUCGGCGGGCCGAAUGGACAAAAUCAACAAAAUCAACAAAACGGCGGAGGAUUCCAAGGCGGAAACCAAGGACGUGGAGGCUUUGGACAGCAAAACGGCCAAAAUGGAGGAUUCCAAGGAAUGAACGGUCAAGGUGGAUUCGGUGGAUUCGGACAACAAGGUCAACAAGGACAGGGAGGACGAGGAGAACAAAAUGGAGGAUUCGGACAAGGACAAGGAGGAUUCCAAUUCGGUCAAAACGGACAAAACGGCUUCCAAGGAUUCCAAGGCUUUGGCGGACAACAACAAGGACAAAAUGGACAAAAUGGACCAAAUGGACAAGGUGGAUUCCAAGGAGGAUUCCAAGGAUUCGGUGGAACAAGUGGGCAAAGCGGUUUUCCAGGUGGCCAAAGCGGAUUCGGUAACAACAACGGACCAAGCGGACAACAAAAUUUCGGCGGAAACCAAGGAGGAUUUGGUGGACGAGGCUCUCAAGGCUUCAACAGCUUCCCAUUCUUCGGCCGACAA